CGAAGAACGGCGUUGUUUAACUAUUUGUUUGCGAGACGACACGGAGGGGAAUUCGUGCUCCGGGUGGAGGACACGGACACGGCGAGAUCGACGCGCGCGAGCGAGGAGAGCAUGGUGGAAGAUUUGCGUUGGCUUGGAUUGGAUUGGGACGAGGGACCCGAUAUCGGUGGUCCGUGUGGGCCGUACAGGCAGAGCGAACGGGGGGAGAUUUAUAAAGAGCUCGCGGAUAAGCUCGUGAAGAGCGGACACGUGUACAAGUGCUUCUGCACGGAUGAAGAACUCGAGGCCAUGAAGGCGAAGGCGGAGGCGGAAAAACUCCCACCCAAGUAUAUGGGUAAGUGGGCGACGGCGAGCGAGGCGGAGGUGCAAGAAAUGCUCGAUAAGGGGGUGCCGUACACGUAUCGAUUCCGCGUGCCAGAGGGCGAGCGCAUCGAAAUCGACGACUUGGUGCGAGGCAAGGUUGGCUGGGACACGGACACGCUCGGUGAUUUUGUUUUGCUGCGCUCAAACGGGAUGCCGGUGUACAACUUCUGCGUCGCCGUGGACGACGCGACGAUGGGGAUCACGCACGUCUUGCGCGCGGAGGAGCACUUGCCGAACACGCUUCGCCAGGCGCUCGUGUACAACGCGCUCGGCUUCAAGCUCCCCAAGUUUGCGCACAUGUCCCUGAUCCUCGCCCCGGACCGCUCCAAGCUCUCGAAGCGACACGGGGCGACGUCCGUGGGGCAGUUCAAGGAGGAGGGGUACCUGAGCAAGACGAUGGUCAACUACCUCUCUUUGUUGGGAUGGAACGACGGCACCGAGCAAGAAAUUUACGACGUCUCCGAACUCGAAAAGCUCUUUAGCGUCGAGCGUAUCAACAAGUCCCCGGCUGUGUUCGACAAGGUGAAGCUCAACUGGAUGAACGGUCAGCACCUUCGUGCGCUGGGUGAUGACGAGUUCGAAUCGCUCAUCGGCGAGGCGCUCGUCAAGGCGGGCACCAUCAAGGAGGGCUCCGACGCGGCGCUCAAGGUGAUCAUUCCGAUGAUCAAGGAAUCCGUCGAACUCGUUCAAGACGCCAUCCCGCAAGUCGAAGAUGUCUUCAGCUACCCGUUGAAGGAAAACAUGGGCGAUGAUGCGAUGAGAAAGGUGCUCGAAGAUGAUUUUGAACCCAUCGUCGACGCCAUCGUCAAGGCGCACGAGAGCGGCGAACUCGCCACGGCUGUCAAGGAAGGCAAGGUGAAGAACUUCAUCAACGCCACAGGUAAGGCUCUCGAACGCAAGGGUAAACGUUUGUUUAUGCCCUUCCGCAUCGCCCUCACUGGUCGCAUGCAAGGUCCAGAGGUCGGCGAUGUGCUCUCGCUCCUCGACGCCGCGGCUGGUUGCUCUGAUAAGAUGGUCAACCUGGACGAGCGCGUCGCCACGCUCAAGGCGGCUUUCCCGGCGGUUGUUGCAAAGUAA